CAACUGAUAUAUCUCUUUGAAGUAGCUAACAUCGUUUUGAAGCUGUAUAACAAACAACCUUUAUAUUGCUGCAUCAUCUCCAAAUUUCUAUCCAAAACCAAUUAUAAAAAAGAUACAAAAUUCCUAUCCAAAAAGGUCUUAGUAUCUAAACCAAAAAUAUUUAUCAUCCCUCAAUCUUGUUCCAGUAAACUAUUUUUUUUUUUUGCUAAAAUUGUUCCAGUAAAAUUAAGAUACAGAAAAACAAAGUUUUUUUUUUCCUUCUGAAAACAAAGUUGGAUAUAGAUAGGUCCGUAGAGCAUUUGGACGCACACCAACGACACUUUAACGAAUCUAGUGAAAUACCAGAAAUAUUCAUUAGACAAUCACACCAACGACACUUUAACGAAUCUAGUGAAGUAACUACAACUAUUCAGAACCUACCCUCUGUCAUAGCCUAAUAUAUCUCUUUCUCAGAAAGUUACUCUCUUUGAGCCGUGUGGAUCUCUGCUUUAUCUUUUUCUCUCAUACUAUUGGCAGAAAGAUAUAUAGGUACCUAAAGCUUUGUCAGUUUAUACAGAACAAGCACUAAUUUAAAAGUUGAAUACAGAAGAUGGGUUUUUAGUAUACAAAGAAUAUGCGGAAACAAACUGUCUAUGUAAGUGUUCCUCAACCAAGAUGUUGAAAGUAAAGAAGGCAAUGGAGAAGGAGAACCAGAAGCGGUUUGUGCUCGUCCAUGGUCUUUGCCACGGCGCGUGGACUUGGUACAAACUGAAAACGCAGUUGGAGGCUGCAGGUCACUGUGUGACAGCAGUGGAUCUGGCUGCUUCGGGUAUAAACAUGACCAGAUUGGACGAGAUUCAGACAUUGAUGGAUUACUCCAAACCCUUGCUUGAUAUUCUGAGCUCGCUUUGCUCGGAUGAAGACAAAGUGAUUCUUGUUGCUCAUAGCAUGGGAGGCAUACCCGUUGCCCUUGCUGCGGACAUCUUCCCACGUAAGAUUUCUGCUAUUGUCUUCGUGACAUCUUUCAUGCCAGACACAAGAAACCCACCUGCUUAUGUUCUAGAAAAUCUGUCCAGUACUUCACAAAUGGACUGGUUGGACACUGUGACUGGAUUCUACGGGACACCUGAUCGUCCUCUACGGUUUUCUCUUGCGGGACCAAAGUCCAUGGCCAAAUAUGCCUAUCAGUUAUCUCCGCUUGAGGACCUUGUACUGGCGACAAUGUUGGUGAGGGUAAACCCGGUAGUUACAAACAAUCUGGCAGGGACAAAAAGCUUUAGUGAGGAAAGGUACGGAUCUGUUACGCGUAUCUACAUCAUAUGCGGAGAGGAUAAUAUGAUACCGGAGGAUUACCAGCGUUGGAUGAUCAGCAAUUUUCCUGUAAAAGAAGUAAUGGAGAUCAAAGAUGCAGAUCAUAUGGCAAUGUUCUCCAAGCCUCAAGAACUAUGUGCUCGUCUCGUGGAGAUUGCUAAUAAAUAUGCGUGAGAUAAACCUGUGAUUGUGGCUGCAAGUUAGUAUAAACAUUCAGCUUCCAUUACAAUUAUAAGCCAAAUGUUAGUCCGUUUUCGUUUUUACUAUGAUAAGGCAAAUGUUAGUCCGUUUUCCACAUUCACUUGUGAUGUGAUGUAACUAUUAAAACAAUACUAGAUUUUAAUCCUUGCUUUGAAAGUGUGUGAUUAUUCCCGAAGCAAAUCAAAUUUAUUUGAUUUACAUUUGUA